GAGCCGAGAACAAAACACUUGGAGGAGGACAAAGGAGUUGGAAAGAGUGUAUGUUUUAUUGUUCGAGCGGUUGCUUUAUUUGGUGAUUGGUAAAACUGAUCUCUUUGACACUUCUAGACUCACAAUGACAACAGAGAGAAAGCAGGAAUAUUUUCUUGCUUGUCAUAACUAGAAACUUUCUUUUACAAUAGACAAGAAAUAGUUUUCUAUGAGUUUUUGUGGUAAAUUAGAUUGAUGGGUACUCUUUCUAUGGCUUGUAUACUGUAAGAGAGUUUUUCUACUAUCUUCCACACCAUCUUACACGCAAACUCCUAUAUACAUGUCGAAUAAGAUACAAACCUUUUGUAAGUUACAGACGAAAUACAGUGGGAAACAGAGAAUUGCAAUGAAUUGGAAGUCUGUUAGUUUGUAACCGUUCGUAGCAGUCUAUAAAUACAAAAAUAUCUAAAUGAGUUUGGAGAAGAGUAUAAUGAAGAUUGUCAUACUGACUUAUCAUUAAAUACAAGCCAUUAUUGAUAUAAUAGCUACACAAGUUGUCUAUCCUUUGUUCGACUUUUACAAAGUUGUGAAUAUGUCUUAUAUAAAAACAUCAAUAAAGGCUUCAAAUGUAGU